CGUCAGUUCUGUGGAUACUCAGGUUAAGCAAUGAUACCCGCAGUUGAACCACAAUAGAAGCAAUUGCAGAGAAGAAGACUGAAAAAAUUAAGGCCUAAACGGGAUUCGAACCCAUGUCCCUCAGAUAAUAGUUGGACACUAGCACAUUUUAAAGGAUUCUACUUUCCCGUGGAGGAAUCUGAUCAUAAAUCUUCAAUGAAAUUUUUUUAUUACUGGAAAAAAACUAUGAAUUUCAACUCAUCCUCGCUGCAGAGCAAUCUUCGUCGUCUUUUUUUCUUGUUUAAUACAGUAAUUUCGUGUAUUUUGCAGUUUGGAUGGGAAACUGAUUGCUUUGACCGAAAUCUGCCGAGCGAUCACGUAUACAGAAGCUAUUCCAGUGUGGGAACACAUCUUUGCUCCUCGGGAAUAUCUCAACUCUCAAUUGGAGGAGUUCUUUACAAAGUGAGUUUAUCCUCAGAGAAUAGCGAUUGUGUAAGGUUGGAUACAUUUACAUGUGUAGGCUCUUCAGAGACCGGUCGUUAGUAAUCGCUGGGGAGAGGGGGAGUGGGGAGGAUUUUAGUUGUGCCUCGAUAUAAAAUUCACUUGACCCUCCACAAGGCUCUGUUUUAUUACUACCAUAAACCCUCCAUUCACUCUCAGUUAAUUUGGCAGUCAAUUUUCUGUACUAUGGUCCCCCUUUAUACUCUGUUGGUGACGACUGAUCCCCGCUCCUUUCCACUAGGAAACCAUGUAAUCCUCCCAAAAACCUCCGUCUCACCCCCAUUCCCACCCCACAAGAUGGAGUGUUUACUGGAGAAUUUUUUAAGGGAAAUCAAGCCGAACUUUAAAAAUGGAUGCGAUACAUCAGUUGAGGUUUUUUUUUUUUCUCAUUUAAAUGUUUAAACCCUCCAUUUCAUAUCCACCCAUCAGUUACUUCUGCAAUUUCAACACUAUUUUGGGUCUUACUGAGUCACUUUUACUCCUUUCUUGCUAAAAAUCAAUGACCAUCUUGGUAGGUCUGUGGUGACUAUGGCACAGUUUGAUUCUGAUAACCUUAGGAUUGCACGUCCCUCGGAGGUCCUAAGCAACAUUAAGGUAAUGGUUUCAAUUCAGAACUUUGGUCAAAAUUGUUUCCUUUGUUCUCUGUUGGUAUUGAAGGGUCUAGUAUGCACAUAUAUGGGCAUCCAGUUGGAAUCAGGCCCUAAGUGUCGCCCACGUUGGUUAAUCAAUAUAAUUUUUUGCGCAUGCGAAACACAGUUUUGCGAACGUGCAGACGUUUUACUAUCACGUGACCAGAAAACAUUUUUGACAUUCUUAGAACUGAUGUCAUUGCUUUGUUUCUAUUUUCUGCUUUCGCAGGCAACAAUGGCUUCCUUGAGGGGUCUUGAGAACUACAGUGAGUUUGUUACUUAGUAGAAUUCUUGGUAACCUGUUGAUUCCAUUCAUAAGUAGAACGUGACUCGCUUAAGCUCAUUAUAUAGGACACGAAGGAAAAGAAAACCAAACAUCAUCACAUGACUUGUGGGACAGCUUGUUUACACCAGGGCCCAGUUGUUCAAAGGUCGAUUAGCCCUAACCCAGGGUUGAAUUUUAAUUCAGGUUUCUUUAUUUCUUUGUCCAAGAGUCUUUUAGGGAAAAUUUUCACUAUUCUUUUUAGAACAUCCAAUGAUCAAAUUGGAAGCAAAAAGAUUUGAACUGAAUUUUCUCUUAAAGCUUUCAGACCUGAAAUCAAAUCUCACACUAACCCUGAGUUACCUUAACCCAGCUUUGAACAACCCGGGCCAGAUUUGUUGCUUGCAAUUUAUUUAAAACUCCCCUUGCUCCAAAAUCGAAAUGAGUUGGAACCUUUCCUUUGGGACGCCUCCAUUCAAGAAACACAAACAUUUGUCACGAGCUUAUCCCAGCUUCCACGGCGACCAGAAGUGUCGCUACUCCCCCUGGGCAGGAUUCCAGACCAUUAUAAAGGACCUGUUUUUGAUUCCCCGGGGUCUCCCCAUAAUAGAUGUCCCAUUGUAUCGUGGUGUUUAUAACCGCACCCAAGUAUCAUUUCAGUAGUUGUUGUGGUUGCUAAGAGAUAAUGAUUGCUGUGUUCGUUUCUUUCAGCUGGUGUAGACAUGGCUCGGUUGUUCAAUCAUGUCUUGUUACAACAAACACAGCCUGAAGACAGCCAAGGAGCUAUAACUAUCACCAGCAUGUAUGCUACAUGGUAAAUAAGUGUUGUUUUGUUUUAUAAUUUACACUAAAACAACAUCAUAUAGGUCACGCCAGAAUAAUUUUAUUAUACAGUCUGUAAAUGAACGCGAACAACCCGGAAUUUUAAACUCACAUCUCUUACGGAGCACCUGAGUCAUGGAAAAGAGCUGGAGAUAAAACAAACUGAAGUUCUUGUGAACAUCUUCCGUCAUCAGGUACCUUGAUGUUUUCUUGCGUCGUGUGAUGACGGAUAACAUUGUGUUCUCUCCUCGCCGUCGAGCUUUCGUCAACAAACCUGGUCAGUCUUUCAGAGCAGAGGAGUACACGGACGUCAAUGGUAAGUGAAUGAGUUUCAUUGUCUUUUAGAACAUACUGUCAGGACUGCGUGAUGUAAUUGUUUUAUCUUCAACAAUCUGAUAUACAGUAUACUUUACAUACCCGAGUUGUUCGUGUUUUUGGCUCUUAAUCAGAACACUUCUAAAAUCAACUAUCUAAUGCCGAGAUCCGUACUGAAAUUCUCCUCUAUAGCCGCUUUUCCUUUUCUUAUCAUUUUUAAAGGAGAAUUUGGUGUUAUAUCUAAAUAACACUUUCUAGCUGUUAAGUUUCUUUUAUCCCCUGACCUGUUUAACCAGAGGAUGUAUUAAGAGUGUAGGGAGAGGUGAUAUUAUGAUCACCUCCGGGAGUUGAAUGGUUACCCACCCUAACCCAGUCCUGCAUGGAGAUGGAUUGGUUGUAUAGACCCAAAAUCAGGGCUUUUGUUCGGAUAACCCGAUCAGCACCAUUGAGGUAUUUUUAGAUUGGGAAAAGCUGCCGGUUCCAAUCGUGUCUUGUUCGGAGUGAUUAUUGCAAUGUUUAUGGUAGAACCAUUUUUGUCGUUUGAUGUUAUUACUUUGCAAAACUUGACAACCUUAUGUUACAAUGGAAUCGAAUGGAAUUUUUCUACUUUCAGAAUUACAAGCUCUUGCCGAACUGCUUGGUGCGUAUGGCAUGAAAUAUCUGGGACAGAAAAUGAUGCAGCAAGUUGCGAGUCAAGUUGGAGAGAUUAAGGUUCAGUUAUUAACCCCUUACACCCUAAUAUCAGUAUGCAUAUUCUCUGUACUGUUCAUCAUACAUUUCCUGACAUGUUGACAAGGAGAAUUUGUUUAACAAUCAAGAGCUACUUUAGUUGGUGAUCAUUUCCUUUAUUCUCAUGACCUCAAUGGAGAAAUUAGUUACUAAUCAUUCUUGGGGGUUAAAGGGUUAACGUUUUAGGAUCAAUAUCAGUAUCUGGGCAACUGCCCACCUACCCCUCCCCUAACUCAACAACAGUCUAUUGAUAACAACUUAGGGUUAAUGUUGGGUUAGGGGAGGGGUAGGUGGGCAGUUGCCCAGAUACUGAUAUUGAUCCACGUUUUACCAUAAAUGCUGCGAAUAAGGGCCUGAGAAUCACUCCGUUGUAAAUUGUGGUCGUUCGGGUUAGGUCAGUCCUGAAAAAACUUCAGUCGGUCUGACGGUGAUUGCGACUCAAUGUCUCAUCACCUGAGUAAGAGAGAGUCAUCAUUGACCAUUUAGAGUCCCAGUUAAGACCAGGGGGUGCUUUGAAUAUUGAUGAUAUUCGGCAAAGCGAUGUCUACUUCGAAGCCGGUUUUUGUCAUGCAAUUCUUGGAUUGGUGUUGCGCCGGUGGCCUUCCAACCAUUUUUGAUUUCACAAUGGAUACUUUUGACCAGAUGAGUUAAGCAGAGCCCGUCAACGAACCACUGGCUUGCCAUGUACAAGUUUCAAACAUAGUAUGGGUCUUUAACGGUGUGUCCGUCCCAUUUUAACAUUUCUAGUGAUAUAGACCUGUUGUAAACCUUCAUGAAUAUUUCAAUUUUUUUCUCGGAAAAAAAAAGAAUCUUCUUUGUAAUUUUUUCAUUCCUUUCUGAAAACAGAAACUGGUCGUUCUAAACAAAGAUGUGUUGACGAGCCUGCGGACAAGUUUUGAUAAACCUGACCAGUGUAUGGAGCUCGUCAGAAGGCUUAAAAGUACGUCAUGUGAUCAGUCAUAACUUAACCUGACUAGAUCAAAGAAACAACCAAUUAAUUAUUCGGCAUCUGUGCUAACCAGAAGAGAAGAGGAACUGUCAAUCAACAACUAUCAGGCAGAAUGCGCAUUUUCUAGCCGCAUUUACUUGAAGUAGCGAAAAAAAAUUUAGAUCUGUUACAUUUUUACUAGUUAAGUGUAGACUGGGUAAUUUGGUAUCAUUAACUGAGUUGAUAACGAAGAUUGACCACCGCAAAGAGUUUCAAAACUGACGUUUCGAGUGGAAGCCCUUCUUCAGAGCGAAUUCUUUAUAAACGUACCCUCUUAAAGCGUAAACUGGUUGGUUUUCAUCGGACGAGACUACGCGUGCUUUCCUCUGUUGGGAAACAAAGGCCUCUUCCCCUAGGGGGCUCUAGGGGCAUGUUCCCCUAGGAAAAGUUUGAAUUCGAGAAGAUCAGAAAUAUAAUUUCAACUCUCGAGGCAUCAAAAAGAGAUCUCGUAUCCUAAACAGACGACAGUGAGAGGUCUCUUAGCUGACAAUAGACCGCCGCUAAACGGCUGUCAAUGAAACUCUUGAUCUCACCCGCGUGUUUCUUAAAGUGGUCACUUAAAAUGUUUGAGCUUUGCGACUUUUUGCCAAACCCACCAAAAUCGGGUGGUACGUCUCUGCUCAGCUGAUGGAUUUCUCCAUUUCGCAAUGCGAUGGACAUGUUAGUUUAGGCACAUAGGUCCGAUGAAAUUUGAUUGUUAACCAGUUACUGUAAUUAUCUUUUCUUAGAUAUUGAAGAUUUGAUUAUCCGAGUGAUAAUUGUUGGAGUGAUUUUGACUUUCCGUUCUCUGACACAAGAAGCUUUGGAAACUGUACGUUUGUAUCUUGUUACGUUAAUAAAAUUUUAGCUAAACGUCUCGAAAAAUUUUCCAAAAACUAUUUCAGAUUAUGCUCGCUUAGAUGUUAUGUUUUCGACAGAUUGGAUAUACAUAUACCUAUACAUAUUAUACUAUAUACCUAAUAAAUAUUUAUCGAAUAUUUACGAUUAGGUUUUGAAAAAGAGAGUGCCAUUCUUGAUGAACUGUAUCGUGGAUUUCAAAGAACAUUUUCCUCACGGAAACAAUGACCGCCCGGUAAGUGAUGCCACUUGCUAACCGAGCUCGAAAUCCGCGCUGUAAGUGCGAACCUAGUGCGGACCUAGAACGAGUUACCGUAAGUUACAGCACGGACCGAGAAAACGAGAUUAGUAAGAUGUUUAUUAUAUUUCCAUGUUGGUUCAUUAUUCCCCCUUCUGUGUUUUUCUUUCUCACCGAACCACAACCUAAAGUUUCCUUUUACAUGAAAAUACUUUCGAUGUCGUGAAGUUUUGCUUAACUGAUCUAACCAUCAAUGACAUUUGUUGUCAACAUUUUACUGAUAUCAUCUUGAUUAUUACAGCUCUAUAAUUCCAAGUUUUUGUUGUUUAAGCUUGUAGAGGAAAUGGCGACAUCAGCUGGCCUCCAGUGCGAGCUAGAUCCAGUCCUUUGCGAAGCUCUUCGCGUCCACAAAGGUGAGUUUUUUUUUGUGAACGCGUUACUUACAGAUAAGUCAUGCGUAAUGACGUCAGUUACUAUAUUUGACUACUAAUAAUAGCAAUCGUCCUCAGUAAUGGAUGCUUAACUGAAACAGGGAGGAGGUAAAGGCUUUAUUUGUUUCGUUCAAGACUGUAUUCUGUCAUGAGUUGAGAUUUCAUAUCUCUGUGUUGCCCUUCAUCCUCUUAACCAUUGUCCACUGACACUAUUUCUGAGGUAUUGAUAACACUGCCAGAAUAACUAAGUUUUUAUUCAGUCACAUCUUACCUGCAAAGCUGGCGAUUUUGGGGAAGUAUUUCGUGAGCGAACCAGAGAGAAGUGUUUCACGAAAACACUACUAUAGUGCCGGCUCCUCAAAUUAGCCACGCCUUUUUUCUUGACAAAUUGUAUGAGUCCAGUUUCUUUUCAUUGUGACUUGUCUAAUGUAUUUUUUCUUUUCUUUUUGUUAUAGAAAAGAAGUCCGAUGAAGAUUCUGUGGUUUGGGCAUUGUUCUUGGUAAGUCUUCUGUCUUAAAAGCUUGAAGCUUGGAGAAGAGAUUAUGUUGCAAUUUUUUAGAUUUUACUUUGGUCAGUUUUUUCCAAAAUCUGUAAUGUGAGUGGAAUGGAACGAACAACGAUUGUCUGGUAUGAUGGUUUCCACUCUGCGUUUGUUGUUUGUACCAACACAACUUCGACUUCAGCCAAUUCUUUGCAGACCUGGUCAAAAACUAUGGAAUAACUCGAUUCCAUGCUGUUUUUAUUUUGGUAGGAGUCUUCAUUAUUAUUGUCAAUAUUGGUAAAUUUUCUGAUCUACGAUAUUGACGGCAAAUUUUUAACGUUGGUUUUCGAUUUAAAGCACCAAUGAAAUGUUUCUGUGGCUUUUUGUAGGUAUUCGUAGCUGUGGCGCUUCCAUCACUGGCCUACAGAGACUCCUCUGAUUACAAUGCUGACCUGGAAGGUAACAAUUUAUAGAGUUAAUGAACAAGGAAAUGUGUAACUACUCAUCAGAUCUCGAAGUUGAAAUGUUACUGCACGAGUGAAGAAACCGUUACUUAGUCGGUAGCGAUGUUUCAAUUCUUUCAGCGCAUGAAAACAACGCCCACUGUAUGUCAGCGUCCAUCAGUCGUGUGGCAGGCGCCUUGUGCUUCAACAAUGGAGAUAGUGCGGAGGAAAGACUCCGAGAAUUCUUGGCUGUAAGUACUGAGAAUUAGGUGCUCUCUUUAAGCGUCUGUAAUAGUCUAGGUCCAGUUGUUGGAAGGCAGAUUAGAACUAAACCAAAGUUAAAUUUUAAUCCGGCUUUCUUUAUUCCUUUUUUCAAAAGCUAGUUUGGGAUUUUUUUUGUUUGUUCUUCAGAGCAUCCAAUCAUCAAACUGUAGACCAAAAGAAUUAUAUUGAAUUUUCUUUUGAAGCUUUUCAAGUUAGAUCUGAAAUCAGAUGUCACACUAACCCUGGGUUAUCUUCACCCAGCUUUGGACAAAUUGGCACCGGAAGCUAAUAAUCCUUAACAUCCAAACAUCAAUAGGAAUAUCCUCUAAACUGUUCUCUAUACAUUUCCUGAUACAAACGAGAGGAAUUUGCUUGAAGAUCAAGGGCUUAUUCAGUUGGUGAUCAUUUCCUUUAUUUUCCUGACCUUCAUGUGUGACUCGGCUGUGAUGCUGUCAGGAGAAAUUCGAUGCUAGUCUUUCUUAGGGGUAAGAGGGUUGAUAAAGUUGUCAGCUAACAGGGAAAUGACUUGGUAAUGUAUCUUUAACUAAAUUUUGCGAAGAUUGGAGAAAAGAAAAGUGUUAAGAACCUCUGCCUUGGCACUUUGGCUGCAAGAUCUUGACAUUUGUCUUAAAGAUGGAUAUCGUAUAGAUCAAGACUGGUUCUCAACUUUCAGUGUGGGCAUGGUAUGUUCUGUUACCUUUGUGGUGCUUAUAUUCUGUCACCUUUGUUUUUAGAUCGCGUCCUCCAGUUUGUUGAAGCUUGGCAUCGAGGCAGAAAAGGAUCUGAAGGCGCGGGAAUCCACUUAUCUGCUGUUAGACCUGGUUUGUAACGUUAUUUUUAUGUUUGUGUCGAUGUCAUGCAUCAGUUCAAGCAGUACCUUUUUUCUUUUUUGUCCCAGUGAUUGUGUAUUCUACAGUUUAGUGCAGCUUGUGUAUGAUUCUUCAGAGAGUCUUUGUUUUGAUUUUUGUUACAUCGUUGUUUUCCCGUUUAUAUUUGUGCUUAGAUCGUCAAAGACUGUCCGUACCUUACAAUGGACGUGUUAGAAUCGUGUUUUCCUUACGCUUUGCUCAGAAACGCCUAUCACGAGGUCUACAAGGUAUAGUGAAUGUCACCCUUAGAUCCUUAAAUUUUCCAGUGAACAUCUGCUGUUAACUAUAUUUUACUGCUUUUAGGCGGGAUUGUCUCAGCCCUGCUCGAAAAGUUUAGGCCUACCUUCUCGCUUCUAGAAAAGGUCUGGAUAUACUGGGACAAGAAGGUGUUCCUUCGCAGUUUUAGAUUGUUAAACAAUUCAUAUUUGCCCUUCCGAGUUUUUCAUCGCUAAUCCGCAUCAACUUGCGAUCUUCAAGUAGCUUUGGUUAUUUCCUUUUGCGUGUUUAUCUCUCUGGCCAAACUAACAUUUUGUAGUUUCAUUCAAGUUGAAGGGAAUGUUGCCAUGGGGCUAAAGCAAAAAAAAAAACAACUAAGGCCGGUGAUAGUGUAAAAACGAUUCCUCUUUAACAACCUCAAGGCUAAAAUAGUAGUGAUAUACUGACACCACAGGCGGCCCACGCGCACGUCUUUACUGACACAAGCUCACAACCCGCGAUUGCGGCCGUAGUAUAAAACAUCUUGGGGUUUGAUGUCAUUGCAUCUACUGACGCUGGCUUGUGACACCACUGUUGGCGUUGCAGUUCCUAUAGUUGAGAAACCCUUCCCUUUGCUUGGGUGGAGUGUCUUCUCACAUUUUGCUGAAGCGUAGCAGCACGUUAGGCGAAGUAGUAGCGAUAAUAUCUAAUGAUUUCUGAUUUUGUUUCCUUUUUUUUGCCCUCAGAGAAAGCUCGAAGUCUGGCUCUAAGCAUGUUCAACUAUGAACUUGAAGCAUAAGAAGCAAAUGAAAUGAAGGAGAAAGUUCACUUACUCUACUUAAAUUCUCAUGAUCAUCCGAUUUAUUUUUGAGACAUCAAUACAUUGUAUGUAGCUCUCAAGAGGAGAUGUCGAUGCUACUUAAAGCUUUGAUUCGCUGUCAAAUUAUCCCAUAUAGUUUUAUACAAAAUAUGAAAAGAAAUCCAAAGUGAACAUCGUAGCAUUUAACAGCGAAGAUUCCUUCAUUCUUAAUUAUUCAUGUUUGGUAUGGUCUCUCUGUGGUUUUAUCAUUACUAUAAAUACUCAAACGCGGUUAGCA